UGUUUUCUGUUCAAUUCCUUGUGUUCUUCCUGCAUUUCCAUAUGCUGCGCUCUUCACUUGCUGUUCUCAUCAUCCUUCACUGUCAACAGGCGCUCUUCUCCAGGCCGCCGUGCGUUUCUGUCCCGAUCGGGACUAGCGCCACUUCAGGCUUGACGCCGUCUUUAGCGACUGAGAUGGGCUUGACAUUUCUGCCUUCUUCAUCCAUCAACAACGCGCGCGCUUUUCACCCCUCCGAUCGUCUCGACUCCCACACUUGAGUCUGAUUGUCUCGCAACUGCAUCUGACGCGACAUAACGACCGACGCGACACCAAAUCUCGAACUAUUUCGAUAUGCCUGGCGGAAAGGGAAAGUCGAUCGGCGGCAAGAACGCCCCCAAGGAUGCGGCGGGGAAGACGCAGAAGUCUCACAGUGCGAAGGCUGGUCUGCAGUUCCCUUGCGGUCGUGUUAAGCGUUUCUUGAAGAACAACACGCAGAACAAGAUGCGCGUCGGUGCUAAAGCUGCCGUCUACGUCACUGCUGUUCUCGAGUACCUGACUGCCGAAGUCCUCGAACUUGCUGGUAACGCCGCCAAGGAUCUCAAGGUCAAGCGUAUUACCCCGCGUCACCUGCAGCUUGCUAUCAGAGGUGAUGAGGAGCUUGACACGCUCAUCCGCGCGACCAUCGCCUUUGGUGGUGUCCUGCCUCGUAUCAACCGGGCUCUGCUGCUCAAGGUUGAGCAGAAGAAGAAGAACAAGAUUGAUGCGUGAACGAACGGGGUGUUUGACAAUUCCUAGCGUCUCCGGUCUUUCCUACGACAUAAAAAAAGAAAGUCUUCCCUGUUAUCGAUUUCUGCGACUCGAGGUCGCAAUACGGGAUGUUGGCCUGCCGGGAGCGGUGUCCAAGUGAGGACACCGCAUAUACUAAGUCGGCAGUCCUUACCUAACGGCCGUGGAAUGAUCCCAGGCCAACAUUUCGCCUUUUGCGGUCGGUGUUGC